AUGGCAUCCCUGGAGGAAUUACAGUUACUUAUCUUAUCAGGCAGCAAACAAUUACUAGUAGAUAAAUCGGAAUCUAUAUCUGGUGGUUCCUUUCAAGCUGUUCAACUGAUAUAUUCAAUGGAAUUCUGCAGAUUGGUUGUGAUUUGUUUUUUUAGCUUUAACGUGUUGUUGAUUGGUUUGGCUAUCGGCACCACUAGUACUGGAGAGAUUCAUGCUUCCCAUGAAAACAUAAGUCAUACAAAUACAUUACAAAUUUCUGUCGGAAGAUUUAAAAUUACCAGCAUUUGUAAAAAAUAUGCACUUGUACAAGAAUCAACAUUCAACAUUAUAUCCGAUGGACAUCAUAUUAACCCUCCCUGCUCACUUAAUCUCAUUGGUGUGAAUUAUAUACACAACAAUUACAGUUUUUCUGGCAUGUGCUAUAAAAUGUCUGAUAUAACAUUACCUUGUGGCAGAAAUGAUACACUUAUUAUUAAAGGAUGGGCUUUAGAAAUUCUCAACACAGACCAGUCAAUAUUACUGUAUGCCAAUCAAAGUAUGUUGGUUACCGAGAAAACUUUAAGGUGCGACAAGAAACAAGAUGUCUCAAUGAACUAUGAAUUUUGUUGGGAGAAAGUAUCGAUGUUAGAGAUUUUAUUCUACAGUCCAAACAAUCCAUCUUCAGUUUUACCAAAGAUUACUGUUCAGUCGCGUAUAUUAAUUGGGCAAACAUAUCCUGCACUAAGUUUACAUGCCAUGGAAAAAAUGACGAUACAGAUGGAUGUACACACUAAUAAGACAUGUAAAGCAAAGGCAAAGCAAGUACAUCUUGAUUUCCGUGAUAGAGAUGUUUUAAGUGGCAAUAACAACAACACAAAUAACAACAAACUCAAUAAGGACGAGUACAACAUCAAGGAAGAAACAAGUAUUGAUGUGAAUGUUAUACUAGCUGCUCUGUUUGGUGCUAUCUCAACUGUUGCAGUGGCACUGAUAGGAGUCAGAUACAACCAAGCACGAUAUGACAAGUCGGAAGAACAGAAACAAACACCACAUAAUCAGAGUGUACAGGUACAGUUUUGUAGACAUGAGCAAAUUAUUCAGACAUUGUUAGGUUAUCGGUAUUUAUAUGGGAACACACCUUGUGCCUCUAAGGACCGAACUUUACGUUCUUCAGACCAGUGUGAUUACACAAGAAGAUCAAAAACUGUAGAUUACUUAGUUACCUUUGAUACAAAAUGGACCGCAGGAUUGAGUACAUAUGUAAAAGGGUGGAAGCUAGGUUACCGUUACAGAAGCAUGCUAGGAAUUUAUUCAUCUUCACAGCUUUCAUUUUUCGAGUCUGUAGAUACAACUAUUAUUCCGAGAGUGUUUAUUAUAAUUUCAUUGUUACAAUAA